GUGAAAUUUUACAGUGCUAGGAUCCUAUACAGAGCACAAGCCAAAAUGGAAGAUGGUCCUGUUUUCUAUGGCUUUAAAAACAUUUUUAUUACAAUGUUUGCUACCUUUUUUUUCUUCAAGCUUUUAAUUAAAGUUUUUUUGGCUCUCCUAACCCAUUUCUAUAUCGUCAAAGGAAAUAGAAAAGAAGCAGCUAGGAUAGCAGAAGAGAUCUAUGGUGGAAUUUCAGACUGCUGGGCAGAUCGAUCCCCACUUCAUGAAGCUGCAGCCCAGGGGCGCUUACUGGCCCUUAAAACUUUAAUUGCACAGGGUAUCAAUGUGAACCUCGUGACAAUUAACCGGGUCUCUUCUCUCCAUGAGGCCUGCCUUGGAGGUCAUGCGGCCUGUGCUAAAGUCUUAUUGGAAAAUGGUGCACAAGUCAAUGGAGCGACAGUUCAUGGAGCCACACCCCUCUUCAACGCUUGUUGCAGUGGCAGUGCUGAGUGUGUCAACGUGCUGCUAGAGUUUGGAGCCAAGGCCCAGCCUGAGAUGCACCUGGCUUCACCCAUCCAUGAGGCAGUGAUGAGAGGUCACAGAGAGUGCAUGGAGAUUCUGCUGGCAAAUCAUGUUAACAUUGACCAAGAGUUGAUUCAGUUUGGAACUCCCCUGUAUGUGGCCUGCUCCUACCAGAGAGUGGACUGUGUGAAGAAGCUUCUAGAAUUGGGAGCCAAUGUUGACCACGGCCAAUGUCUGGACACCCCCCUCCACAUUGCAGUAAGGCAGUCCAACGUCGAGAUCGUCCGCCUGCUAACCGACUAUGGGGCUAACCUGAAGUGCAGGAAUGCUCAAGGCAAAACUGCACUUGAUCUGGCGGCUCCGAAAAGCAGCGUGGAGCAGGCUCUCCUGCUCUGCAAAGGCCCACCUACUCUUUCCCAGCUGUGUCGCCUGUGUGUCCGGAAGUGCAUGGGUCAAACAUGCUAUCAAGCCAUCCACCAGCUAUGUCUUCCGGAACCUCUCCAAAGAUUCCUCCUAUAUCAAUAGCUCCAACUGUCCACAGGAAGACAGUUGUAAAUAAACAGGUUGUUGUCUGCUGUACCCAGGGUACCUAGUGUAGACACCCACCAGCUAGACUUUCUUAAUCUUCAAAUGAGCUGAUCCAGUUAGAGUUAAAUCCCCAAUGAACUGGAACACUCGGGGAGUGGAAACUCCUGGUUAGUUUAAUGUUCUCUUUAACCUAGGGGCAACCAGAAACCUUUUCGUUUUUAGCUCUUAUUGUUAAGAAACUGUAAAGUAGAAUGAAAAUAAUGGGCUAUUUUAUGAUGAUUCAGGAUCUUCAGUACAUAAAGGUCAACAUUCUGAAUAUUGUGUAGACAUGCAAAUCUGGGUGGAUAAGAUUAUAAUGAAAUGUUAAGUAUUCCAAGAUGUAUUCCUGAUUUAGUUCCCUCCUUUUGCCCCAUUUCUUCUUUCUUUGCUUGAAUAAAUGUCUGCUAUAAUUUU